AUGUCGCUAAAAGGUUCCACCACAACUUCACAGCUUCUCAAAGAGAAAAGCAACCCAGAAAAAAGGUCUAGCAAGAAGAACGUAACAAACUUACAAGAUAUUGAAUCGGCGUUGUAUGAUUUAGAAUUAAUCGACAAUAAUCAACCUGACUCUCGGAGAGUUUGCAAUUGUAUGGCCCGCAAACAUCCUUUGUUUGAAAUUGCUCCUAAUUGCUUAAGCUGUGGUAAGAUAAUAUGUACUAAAGAAGGUUUACAACCAUGCUCGUUUUGCGGGACAGAUUUAAUGCCAGUUGGUGAGAAGGAUGCGAUCAUACAGGUUUUGCGUAAUGAAAAGAAGGAGCUACUAAAUCGAGAGCAACAAGUUGAAACUCCAGCGCAAUCAAAACCCAAAAAGAAAAUCGUUGUCAAGAUGAAUCCUGGGGAGAAAUUUUGGGAGGCACAAGAUAGAGCAUUCAAAUUAGCCGAGAAGGAAAUGAAGAAAAGAGAUCAACCAACUGAGGCUACUACCCCGGAGGUUGUAUUCGAACCUGAAAUUAAUUCUCAACAAGAUCCAGAUUUAGCAAACGCAAGGGAAAGACUCGAAACGUUAUUGAAUUUUCAAGAAACAGGUGCAGAGAGAACAAGGAUUAUCGAUAAUGCGUCAGAUUUUGAGAUGCCAACUCAGUCAAUAUGGCUUUCUCCCGAGGAGCGCGCUCUUAAUUUGAAGAGAAAACAGAGACUAGCUAGAGAGGAAAAGAAGGAGAAAGAUCGUCAGAAACGAGGUGAGAAACAGGUGGAAAUGGUCAUUAAGAAUGGUAAGGUUGUAAUGGUUGAAAAAUACGCACCUGUUAAAGAGGAAGCCGCGCAAGAUGAGCUAGAGUUGAUUGAUGAUAUUCAAAACUCUAAAAGGAUACAAGAUAAGAGCGAUUCAAUUUGGGACUACGAUCAUGAUAAGACUAAAUGGGGAAAACCAAUAUAUUUUUCUAGUUCUGAUGGCCAACUGGCAACAAAUAAAGAUGCCAAGCAAGAGACAAAAUCUAGGGUGCAGUUUGAGACAAACAGAGACACUUCGGAGUUGAUAGCAACAAUGAUAUAG